GUGAAACUCACUAACUCACUCACUGAUCUCUCACUCUCUUCCUCAAUUUAUUCUAAAAAGCUAGCCAGGUGAAGAUGGGAAUGAAGAUGAUGAGCAGUACUACUAGUGAUGGGUCCAAGAGAAGGUUGUCAUCCGGAAAGCUUGGAGGGUUUCUCAGAGAACAGAAAGGAAGGCUCUACAUAAUCAGCAGGUGUGUGGUCAUGCUCCUUUGCUGGCAUGACUAAGAAAGACCCAACUACAAUAUUUUCCUCCAUCGCUUCUACUCACUCACCCCCUCAAAUUCCAUCCAUUGCUGAUUUUUGCAGAACUCUCCCCCUCUUUCUCCCUCCCCUAAAUGUAAAUAGCAAAGCAAAUUUACUAGGCAUUCUAUAUUCGUCAGUCAUGACUAUGCAACUUGAUGAGCCUGUUUUUACACUGCAGAAGCUUCAUAUUAAUUCAAUGUCCAAUUUCUAGUCAGUGCUAGAGCAAUUAAUACAUAUUAUUUUUUCUCCUUUUGUAUUUUACUUCUUGGAUGGCCUCAAACAUUGCCAUAUACAUUGGCAUUCAUCUCA